AUGACUUUCACCUCCAAACUCAUCACAUAUCCAACAGUCUUCACAAUUAAUCCCGAGAGCGUGAAAACCAUUCUCGCAACCAAAUUCGAUGAUUUCCGUCUGUCUUCCAUUAGGGUUGAUGCUAUGAAGCCUGUCUUUGGUCAUGGGAUUUUCACCACUGAUGGAAAGCUAUGGCAUCAAUCUCGUGCUCUCCUUCGACCUACUUUUGCCAAGGAAAGUAUCUCUAACUUGGAAGUUGCCGAGAUACAUUUCCAGCAUUUGCUAAGACGCACACCUCGUGAUGGAUCUACCGUCGACUUACAGGAUCUCUUCUUCAAAUUCACCAUGGAUACGGCUACACAAUUUCUUUUUGGACAUUCUAUUAACAUCCAAUCUGAUUCGGACCAUUCAUCUGGCGGUGUAUCCGAUGCAGAGUUUGUCGAGCAGUAUACAUAUACCCAACUCGAAGCUUCUCACAACAUCCGACUCGGACCACUUGCACAGUUUCGAUACAACUCUGCAGCCAACAAGGCUCGGAAGACUGUAUUCACUUACGUCGAUCAUUAUAUCGAUGGAGCCCUAGAUGCGCUCAAGAAGAAUAAAAACAGUACGAUCUCGAAAGAGAAUGAUUCACGUCCAUAUAUAUUCCUUGAAGAAAUCGCCAAAUUGACCACAGAUCGACAGGUUCUUCGAGAUCAAGUCCUCAAUAUCCUUUUAGCAGGUCGCGAUACAACCGCUAGCUUACUAAGUAACCUAUUUUUUAUGCUGGCGCGGUACCCGAACGUAUGGAGGAAACUUCGAGCUGAAGUAAUGAACCUCAAUGGCCAGCUUCCAACUUAUUCUGACUUGCGAAAUAUGAAACAUCUUCGCCAAUGUAUCAAUGAGUCUCUUCGCAUCCACCCGGUAGUCCCCGCAAAUACUCGCGAAGCCGUUCGUGAUACAUUUAUUCCACACGGUGGGGGCAACGACGGCCAAGCACCGUUAUUUGUCAAAGCUGGCACACGAGUCUUGUAUAGUGUGUAUUCAAUACAUCGUCGUAAAGAUAUUUUUGGUGAAGACGUAGAGACGUUUCGUCCCGAGCGUUGGGAUCAUAUACAACCAAAAUGGGAGUUUCUGCCAUUUAAUGGCGGCCCGAGAAUUUGUUUGGGACAACAAUUUGCGCCGACUGAAGCAUCGUUUGUGAUUGUAAGAAUGCUGCAGGAAUUUGAAAAGAUUGAGCAGAGAGAUGAGAGACCGUGGAUGGAGGCUUAUACAUUGGUCGUUUGUUCGUACAAUGGGACAAGGGUGUCGUUGACUUCUGCUAGAUGA